AUGGGCUCGCAACUGUUCUCCCAAGUCCUCAACCAGGCGACAAGUCCAACACUGGACUCUCGCACCCCCAAGAUGAACAUUCUCUUCCUCUGUACCGCACACAACUCGCUGUCUCAACAGCUCUACCUUCAUCUCUGUCGGAUACAUACCGUCACUAUUGAAUACGCGCUGUCUGACAAGGUCAUGAUCGAGGCUGCAAACCUCGUGCGACCUGAUAUCAUCAUCUGUCCAUUUCUUACCUCGCCUGUCCCAAGCGAGGUCUUCGCCUACUACCUAACUCUCAUUGUUCAUCCAGGACCUCCAGGUGAUGCUGGUCCUAGUGCCCUUGAUUGGGUAUUGAUGGGAGAUGAUGGUACGGUAUCAGACUCUACAGAACUUCUCAAGUCCCAGUCAUGGAACGACACCGGUCGAUCCCACUGGGGCGUCACAGUUCUACAAGCUGUGGCUGAGAUGGACGCCGGUCCUGUUUGGGCAUUUGAACAAUUCGAGAUCGACAUCAACGACCCUGAAACGACAAAAGCGACACUUUAUCGUGGUUCCGUCACACGAGCCGCAGUCACUGCCACAUUUUCUGCUAUAGACCGCAUCGUCUCGACAACCAAGCAACAGCCUCUUUCGCGUGCAUACAAAGUCCACAGCAUCUCAGUGCAUCUUAAGUCAAACUCCACGUACAAGACGCUGUCCGUCACACAACAAAAGCCUUUCCUUGGCGGACCGACACAUUGCCGACCGCUCCUCAGAGCAGCGGAACGAAACUUUGACAUCCAAGCCGAAUCAGCAAAGGCCAUUUCCCGAAAGAUCAGAUCAUCCGACUCACAACCUGGUUGUCUCACCAAAUUGUUCGGAAGUGUCAAUCUUUACGUGUACGGGGGUAUUGUUGAGGCCGGAAGGCAUGUGGACUGUAAGCGCCAACCUGGAGAGAUCAUCGGGUCCAGAAGCGGUGCAGUUUGUGUGGCUACAUGUGACGGCAUGGGCAUUUGGAUCACCCAUGUCAGGAGAGUGAAGCGCAAGGUUGAUUCCAUGCUUUGGCCCAAGGUACCUGCUGUCACAGGCUUGCUCGAACUCGGCCUUGUUAGUCAAAGCACCAUGGAUGACUCCACAUCACUACAAGCACUCACCAGCUGGUCCAAGGCCUCGCACUCUACCUUCCAAGACGUCUGGGUUGACUUUGCACCUUCCACAGGCGAGAAACGUGUCGCGUUUGUCUAUUUUGAGUUCUACAACGGGGCGAUGAGUACCUCUCAAUGCUCACGACUCAUCGAAGCUCUUCAGUUUGUCGCCUCGGUUGAGUCUCUUGGAGCAGUUGUCCUUAUGGGUGGCAACUCUUACUUCAGCAACGGCAUUGCACUCAACGUUAUUGAGGCCAGUUGCGAUCCUUCCACAGAGUCAUGGCAGAACAUCAAUCGCAUAGAUGAUGUUGUGCAUAUGCUCCUUGAAUUGUUCCCGAAGAAAAACGUCACAACCAUCGCCGCAAUGAGGGGAAACUGUGCGGCGGGUGGCGUGGCUUUGGCAACAGCUUGCGAUGUGGUGAUAGCAAGCUCUGAGUCUGUUCUCAACCCCGCUUACCGAGCUCUUGGCCUUUAUGGUUCGGAAUACCAUUCUCUAUCCUACACCGGACGUUGUGGGCCAGAAAUCGCGCAGCGCAUUCUUCGAGAGAUGCUACCAAUCUCAGCUCGCCAAGCCAAAGAAACCGGUCUUAUCGACCACGUACUCCCAGGCUCAGGGCCCAAUUUGGAUAUCAGAGUCAGGGACUUCGUAGAGUCACUGGCGUGCGCUCCUUACAAGCCAAGCAACUGGAAAUCUCGGGUUGAUGUUAGCCCUUCAGGGCUGGUGACAGCAAGGGCCCGUGAGCUUGGCGAGAUGGCUAAAGAUUUCUGGAGUGCAAGGUCAGAGAGAUACACCUUGCGCCGACGGGAUUUUGUUCGUAAGAUCAAACCGACAAAAACACCCCUACGUUUUGCCACCCAUAGGAGACGCGAGGGGGAAGUUGACGAAGAGGAGGCUGAUGAUUUUGACGACGUGGCAAAGUAUGAGGCUAUGGCUUUACAAAAUAUCCCUAAAGAAAAGCCUCAGGGAAAGCAAGCAGCCUUCGUGAUGCGCAACGAGGAGGCCAAGUCUCAUAACGGAGGCGUGGUCAUCAUAUCGGAAUUGCUUAGCGAGACAAGAAGCGCACAGGAUGGAAAGGAUAUGUUAUUUCCUUGUUAUUAUGGAGUUGAUACCCCUGUUUGUACUUGA